AUGUCGGCACCACGGAUUCGCGCGAGCCUUGCUUCGCAUCGCAACACUCUCUUCUCCUUCGCUCAGACCUGCACACGUCCACAAUUCUUCCCAAGCCAAACGUCACCAAUUCUCUCAUCCUUGUCUCGCGCAUUCUCUUCAACACCUUCUACUCAAUCCUGGCUCCUUCCUCGCGCCGGCGCGAACAAGAAAGACCGCAAAGGACGACCUCGUGUACCUACUGGUGGCAGCACUCGCGGCACCACCGUCGUUUGGGGUGACUACGGCCUUCGCCUUCUCGACCACGAUCGUCGCAUCAGCGCUGCACAGCUCAAGAUUGGCGAAGAUGUCAUCCGUAAACGUCUGCGUGGAAUGAAGUACCGCCUCUACACCCGCAUCUCGGCAAACAUCGGUGUCUACACUUCUGGUAACGAGUCGCGUAUGGGAAAGGGAAAGGGUAGCUUCGAUUACUGGGCUUCGCGUGUUGCUGUCAGUAAGAUCAUCUUUGAGCUCAAGGGAGAGCUGCACGAGCAGGUUGUCAAGGAUGCUUUCAGAUUGGCUGGAAACAAGCUGCCUGGGCUCUACGAAUUCGUGCGUGCUGGAGACCCUCCAGUCAUGGGCAUCACAAAGCUUGGAAAUGGUGUCACUGAGGAGUCGCUCAGGCGGCCGAGACGUGAAUUGCCUCCCCCCAGCGUCGAUCAGUCUGCCAACCGCAUGCCCGAGUCUCCUUCACCUUAA